GAUUUGCGAUCACAAAAUGCGGAUAAGGUAUUUGGAUGCUCGACAUGCUGGCUCAGCACAUGACUCCUUGAUUUGGAAUAUGAGCCACGCCAAACAAAUUUUGCGCGAACGUUAUGAUGGUGGUGACCGUAAUAGUUGGAUUUUAGGUGAUGCAGGCUAUCCGCUAGAGCCAUACCUGAUGACGCCAUAUCGUUCUUCUCAAGAAGGGAGUGCUGAGGCUGUUUUUAACAAUAAACAUGCCAAAGCAAGAAAUAUUAUUGAAAGAACCAUUGGUGUUUUAAAAAAUCGCUUUCGCUGUUUACUCGGCGCUCGUCAACUUCAUUAUAAGCGUGAAAAGGCAACUAAAAUUGCAAAUGUUUGCUCAGCAUUACACAACAUUUGUAUUGCAUAUGGUGUAAAUGAUCUAAGCGAAGAUGUACCUGUACAACUCAGCAAUGAAAAUGUUGAGAAUGAAGACGAAAAUAUCCAAAGUAUUGAAGCUUCACAAAUACGAGACCAAAUAAAAUCUACUUUUGUUUAA